AAUAAAUAAACGCGAAACCAGUUGUCUUAUUCCGUGUCGGAAAUGGGAGUCUGUUAUCGAUUUGUUCUUGGAAAUAACUAAUAUAUAAUAUAAUAACAUUUUCCACUUUUCGUCACUAACUACGCUUCCCUCCAGCAGCAGAAACCGAAACCUUAAUAAAUAUAUGUCUUCUGAUUAUGGUCUUCCUCUGCCGGAAAAUCCUGUCAUUGUUGGAUUUGGUGGUGUUGGAAUUGAUCUUUUGGCAAUAGUUGGAUCGUUUCCGAAGCCGGACACCAAGAACAGAACAACUCAACUCAAGGUGCAAGGUGGGGGAAAUACUGGAAAUGCUUUGACUUGUGCUGCUCGUUUGGGCUUAAAGCCCAGGAUUAUUUCUAAGGUUGCAAAUGACGUUCAUGGUAAGACUUUAAUAGAGGAGCUACAAGCUGAGGGUGUGGAUACUUCUUCUUUUGUGGUCUCGAAGGAAGGAACAACACCAUUUAGCUACAUUAUUAUUGACAGCGAGACAAAGACACGCACGUGUAUAUUCACAGAAGGAUAUCCUCCAAUGGUGCCAGAAGAUCUUUCACAUUCUAGAUUGUUAGCUGCAUUAAAUGGAGCUAGAUUGGCAUAUUUUGAUGUUAGAAUGCCUGAAAUUGCUCUUGUCAUUGCUCAAGAGGCAUUUCGCCAGAAUAUAUCAAUCUUAGUUGAUGCUGAAAGGCCAAGAGAAGGAUUGAAUGACCUUUUGGACUUGGCUGAUUAUGUUGUAUGCUCAGAAAAUUUUCCUAAGGCCUGGACAGAGACAUCAACUAUACCAAGAGCACUAGUUUCAAUUAUGUUAAGACUGCCAAGACUUAAAUUUGUGAUUGCAACUUUAGGAAAAGAUGGGUGCAUAAUGCUUGAGAAAUGUGAAGAUGAAGAUGGUUCUCACUUAAAAGAAGUGGAUGUGGACAACACUAUGAAAUCAUUAACAAUGACAAAGGAUGAUACCGUAGUCAUGCCAACCUGCACUGCCUCGUGUGUUACAAAAUUAAUAGCAGAAGGGAUAGGGUGUGUAUGCGGAAGGUUAUAUUUUGGGACAUCUGAAAAUAUUCCAAGAUCAGAGCUUAUUGAUACAACUGGUGCUGGCGAUGCAUUUGUUGGAGCUGUUUUAUAUGCUAUCUGUGCCAAGUUGUCACCAGAGAAAAUGUUGCCAUUUGCUUCUCACGUGGCAGCUGUAAAAUGUAGAUCUCUUGGAGCUAGGAGUGGUCUUCCUUAUCGCACUCAUCCAUCCUUCGCAUUCUUGGGUAUUUGAAACUAUGGAGGACAUAUGUAAUUCAUCUAUAGGACAGUUCUUCGCAUCCUUCGCAUUAUUUUUUUAUACUUUUUACAUGUAUUAAACAAGACAAUUAAUAAAUUUUAUUACAUUUAAUUGUUAUUUUA